AACCUAUUCUUUGGCCCACUGGUUCAGUGUUACGUUGAUAGUCACCGCCGAAGCAGCGCGGCUAGGACCAAUUUCUUUCCCUUCGCAAAAAGCGUUACUUGAUCCGCAAAGCUCGCUACACAAGAGUGGCGAACGGUGUAGCAUAGUGUCCGGCUAAGGGGAUGGCACUGGACGAACCGAAGGUGGCACCGGAAGGUGACCAGCAGCCAGUGGACAGCAAUGGAACGAACGCGAAACGUGACGACGCACCGGACUACUACAAACGACCCAAGUUCAAGCGAAACAUCAUCCCGUUCGACACGGAGGACCUGUCGGUGCGAGUAAUCCGGGAACGUUUUCUCAUCCCGAACCAGGUGUCCGAGGGCAGCCCGGCCCAGAAAGCGGGCCUUGCGCUGGGCGACCAGAUCCUGAAGAUCAACGGGGCCGAUGCGUCGGCGAUGCGCCUCGCUACGGCCCAAGCCGUCAUUAAACAGGCCGGCGAACAGCUGCAGAUGAUCGUAGCAAAAGACGACGAGAAAAAUCGCACAGCCGAAGAGCAGGGUCAGCCGAAGGAAACGCGCGAGGUCAAGUUCGUAGGUAAUGAGCAGGAGCAGCAGCAGGCGGCCGAUGUCACUAACAAACCCGCUCCCCAACCUAAAACCGACGAACGUGAAAAUUGGACGCAACCCCCGGAGCGCAAGGUAUGGCAUCCGAUCGUAUGGCAGCAGCCACCGCCCCCAAUCCCGCCGGAUCUAUACGGAAAGGAUGCACCGCACCAGCAGCUGAUCGCCAACAUCCGCCGGUUGCUGACGGAAACGCGCACCAAGCCGGAAGAGCGCCAGAAACACAUCGAGCGUAUGAUGCUUUCGCUUCCGACCGGUUCCCGGCGGGAGGAGGAUGAGGACGAGCAGCCUCAGCCGCCCCCACCGAAGCCGAAGAAAAAGAAGAAGAACAAGGGCAAGGCAAAGCCGAAGGCAGCUCCACGGACACGCCUGGACAGUGAAACGUCGGAGGAUGGAGACGUGUCGGAGGUGGCUCCAGCAGUCGAACCAGCCGAGACGAUUCCCGAGGAAGUCAGUGCCGAAGCUUAGGGGGUGGAUGGAACACGGUUCCCUCUGGCCCACAUACUGACGGAGCUGGCACAAUUACUGUGUAGGAGUAAAUAACAGACUAUCUCAGAUUUUCCAAGCAAGGUGUAGAUGGGAGUUGUAUUAAACGAAACGAACAUGAUUUGUUAAAGCUUUGUUGUGCUCUUUGAUCAAUGUACUUAACCUCGAUUUGUUCCGAUGUUGAAUAAAAUCGUUUCUUUUUUUUUGUUUUAUACAUUAUUACAA